CACAAGUUGGUUUAUUAGUCGUUAUUUGUAGUAGCUUUUUUUUGUUAAUUUUUAACCGGUGUUAGACAAUUGUCACACCGUAGCACUAGUAAAUACACAAACAAUAUAAGUGUAUAUACGCAGAUAUAUACAUAUACGCGCACGCAAGCACGUGCUAUUGCCUACGUAUUUGCGUUCAUUAAGUCGAUAGCAUAGUAUUCCAUUCCAAUAUGAAAGAUGAUCAUCCUUAUCAACCAACUCAGGUGCAAAGCGUAGUGCCAAAGUUCAGCAAGCAUUGGAAGAUACUUGUUUUGUGAUCAAUUUAUAUAAUGAUUCAACUGCUAUUAAAAGUAUUUAGAUGCCAAUGAAACUGAUAAUUCAUCCUAUUCAUUAAUAACUCACGACGUGAGCAACGCAGAUGAAUAUACAGUAAUCAAGAUAAACGUCUAUGCUCAUUGAUAAUAAUAUAAUCUAUAAAAUCCGUCUUCAACAAAAUGUUUAUUCAAUUCCUAAAGUAUAGAUACCGGAAAAGAGUAAUGACAAUAUUUUAAAUAACGAAAGCUGUCAAAAAGAUGUUCCGAAGAUUGAAAGUACUAAAUCAUUUAGUGAAGUACUGAUGCCUGAAAUUUUUUUUGACAUUAUCCAGACGCCAGUCCUGGCUGAAUUAUUACUAAUGAUUCUUCGAUAUUACAAGAGUCAAUCACAUAACUACUUUAAAUAUGUCAUAAUUUAUAAUCAUUGUUUAUAGCAUGUUUGAAGAUCCAAUUUUUCUGCAAUUAAGAUACGAGUUCGAUCAAAUUGUUAAUCAUAUGGCAGAUGUUAAAUUUGAUGUAACGUAUCUGAGUUGUACUGAAUACGUAGAAAAAAUUGAAAAUCAUGAACAGACAAGAACUUCUCAAAUGGAAUGGAUGGGGUUAUAAAGAUUCUGCCUUUAUACUCAAUGAGAAAGAUAUUAUAAAAUUUACAGGCAACAGAUAUUCAAUAGGCAAUAAAGAAUUACCCUAUCUUACAUCAUGGGUGAAAGAAACAUUUCAAGUCGAUUUGAAUUGUCGCAUGGAAUCCAAGCCUCUUCCAAAGAAGUUACCGGAUACUUUGAUUAGUCAACCAUUCCUUGAUGCAAUCAAAACUUUAGAUAUUGAGUAUUCUGUACAGGGAGUCGAUCGCUUAAUCAGGUCUCACGGCCAUUCACUUCGCGAGAUUUAUAACUUGAAACAGGGAUUCAUUACUCGCAUACCUGACAUUGUUGUUUGGCCUAAAUCUCAUGAGGAAGCACAAAAAACCGUGGAAGUCUGUUUGGAUCAUGGAGUUGUUUGUAUUCCCUUUGGUGGAGGUACGUCGGUAAGUGGAGCAGCACAGUGUCCGAUAAAUGAAUACCGAGCUAUUCUAUGUCUCGAUACUAGCCAGAUGAAUCGUAUACUUUGGAUUGAUCCAAAUAACCUACUUGCUUGCUGCGAAGCUGGUAUUAUAGGGCAAGAUCUUGAACGAGAACUUAGAAUUAAGGGGUUUACCUCAGGGCACGAACCAGACUCUUAUGAAUUUUCCAGCUUUGGUGGAUGGAUAGCUACACGAGCGAGCGGUAUGAAGAAAAAUGUAUAUGGCAAUAUUGAAGAUCUUGUGGUGCGAGCACGCAUGGUAACUGGUAGAUUAGAUGAUCGACAGAUGACUUUAGAAUAUAAAACCCAAGUACCACGUAAAUCUAGUGGACCAGACUUUGAUCACAUCAUUCUUGGUAGUGAGGGUACUCUCGGUAUUAUUACUGAAAUAGUAUUUAAAAUCAGACCCAUGCCAAACAUAAUCAAGUAUGGCAGCAUCGUUUUUCCAGACCUUGAAAGUGGCAUAUAUGCUCUUCGACAGAUUGCAAAAGAGCGAUGUCAACCAGCUAGCAUUCGAUUGAUGGAUAACGACCAAUUCAAAUUCGGACAAGCAUUGCGGCCAGAAGAAAGCUGGGGCGGACUGUUAUUACAAGGACUCAAGCACAUUUACAUAACGCGCAUCAAAGGUUUUUGUUGGGACAAAUUAUGUGUAGCUACGCUUCUUUUUGAAGGUAAUUCUCAUAAAGAAGUGUUUAUGCAAGAAGCACGAAUUUAUGAAAUUGCCAAAGAUUACGGAGGUGUACCUUCGGGAGAAAGUAAUGGAGAACGUGGUUACACCCUCACUUUUGUCAUUGCAUAUAUCCGGGAUCUUGGCCUUGAUUACAACGUGCUUGCUGAAAGUUUUGAGACGUCAGUUUCUUGGAGUCGAGCUUCUGCUCUUUGUCGUAGUGUCAAAGCACGUGUCGCUCAAGAGUGUCACUCAUAUGGUAUUCGAAAUUUUCUUAUCUCGUGUCGCAUCACUCAGACUUAUGAUGAUGGUUGCUGCAUUUAUUUCUAUAUGGGCUUCAAUUAUGAUAUGCUUUUUGAUCCCGUCAGGACAUAUGAGGCUAUAGAAGAGGCUGCACGUCAUGAAAUUCUAGCUUGUGGAGGCAGUCUCUCCCAUCAUCAUGGUAUUGGUAAGAUGCGCGCGAAGUUUUAUCCAGCAGCUGUAGGUGAAGCUGGUAUUGCACUCUAUCGUGCUAUGAAAAAACAUCUUGAUCCAAAUAAUAUCUUUGCUGCUGGUAAUUUAGAUCCUUUAUAUCAAUCGAAGCUCUAAAACUUGUAUUUGAGCUGUACAAUUCUCAUUAAUGAGUGCUAAAACUCUUUAUACACUGUAUUUUAAAUAUAUAAAAAUAGUUAUUAUCUAAAUACAUUUUUCUAUUAUUUUCUUUAUCUAUGUAAAUAUAACUAUUAAAAUAAA